AUGGAUGACAAAGCAAUUAAAUCAUUUAUGUUGACAAACGUCGGCAGGUAUACCCUGGUAAAACCCUGAUGAAUUUCUCGCUCUGACAGGUGGGUUUAUUCUUUCGUUCCACACGACUUUUAUGGUCUCUUGCGGUCGAUUUUCGAAAGGAAAGACAUAAAACAUAUCACUGAAAAACAUUGACUGAAAACGAGAUAGAUCUUGACGAAAACAUUUUCUAAGUUCUGUCGUCCGAGUCUGUCGAUUCUCACACAAUACAAGUUCACUCAGAUCAGAGGUGACCUUAACCUUCGUGUUAAAACUUGUUAUCUCAUAGCACCAUCCACAUGAUUUCGGGAUCUUCUCUCUGAAUAUUUCUCACAAAAACUCAUAUCGUGUGUUUUGAACAAUUUUGAAAACUCGAGAUUAAAGAAAAUCAAAAUAAUAUUUUCAAAACCGCCCGCCAUCUUGAAAACAGCUGAGCGCAUACAGUCUACAAUGAAUCAGCUGGCAAAGCAUUGCAUGCUCAUAUGUAUUGGGAAUUUGACGUCACGAGAAAACAUUAUGGCGAUAAAGAUGGACGAAAAGGCUAUGUUUGUAUUCUUCUAAGAGAAAUAGGUUUGUUAAAAAUCAAGAUAAAAGUAUGUUUAGCUGGUGGUCCUCUUUGGAGCCUCCAAAAAGCGAAGGUGGUGGUGAUACGAGCGAGAAACCCGUGGAAGGAGAGUCGAAAACAAAUGUUGAGAGCUCUGAUGAUUCUAAACCCGACGUCUCAACAAACGAAUCAGAAAGAAAAGGGUCUGAGCUUGAUUAUGCAAAGGACGUAGCUAAAAAUGUAGGAAGUAAGUAUUUGUAACUGUAGUACGAACUUUAAUUUUGCUUUUCAAAGUCGCAGCUCAAUUAGUUGAUGAUGAUUAUAAGGGUGUAUAUAUGCAAACAAAAGCGUUCGAGUUUUUCGCUUCUGGUCCGAAAUAUAUUGAUUUAAAAACUAAGUUGGUUGAAUAUAUCAUUUAAACUGCCUAAUUCAAGGUAUCUGUAAGAGGGAAAUUGAGUCAGAAGAUACAGGAAUUAAGAAUUUUUUAGCUAAAUUUUACUUUUUGAUAAAAUUACCUUAUUUAAUGCUUAAUUUAAGUACAAGUUAGCUGUUUGAUAAACAACCUACACUGUGUAAAUAUAGCUUAGUGAACCUUAAUAGCUUUAAGGUUUCAGGUUAAAAUUCCACUUCUGCUGCAGCUCAUCUUAGUUUCCAUAGUAUAAAAACACUAAGACUAUUGCUACUCCCUAGUACAGGGCAAGGUAACAAAAUUAACACUGGCGAUCUAUCAGGUUAUCUAGACAGUUACAGUAGUGCCACUUAACAUCCAACUGCACUAAGACGAAUCAGGCAAAAAAUAUCCUGCUAUUGAAAAACGAUUUGGACAGUUGGUUUAUUUUAUACUGUCACACACUUACUACCUGUCACAAACUGCUUUUAUAUUUAAUUUGCUUUUCUCUGAGAUGCAUGUAAAGCAAAGCAGUUGGAUAAUAAAUAGCAAAUUAGACAUUUUGGAGUGUAGUAUCACUGAGUAUUUUUUAAUUGUUGUUUAUAUCUUGACCCACCUUGUGGGCUCAUUAAAAUACAGCACAACUUGUAAAAAUACCCAGCGAUAUUAUACACCAAAAUGUAUGAUAAGAUUAUAUAUCUCGAUAUAAGUGUCUUCUCAACAGUAGUGGUGGCCUUUAGACAGGGUUUGAAUCAUGCCCUUUACUUUUGGUCUCCAAGAUCUUAAUUAUCUGCUAUUAUGGUAAUAUGGCUGAGUGGAGUCCAAUUUGAUCUGUAAUCAUCAGAAUGAUUACAAAAUCGAAUAACAGCCUAACACAAGUCCAAUGUGGGAAUAUAAUAUAAGGGAAAUUUGGCAUUAGAAAUGCUUGAGAUUCUUCUUGGAAAUGGCUAAGAAAAAGCAGAAAGAAAGCUAAGGACUACUUGGUUGUAAUCAAACUAACAAAUGUUUAUUUUUUUUUAAGGCUUUCUUUUCAGUUUUGCUAGUGUUGCCACUAGUACAGCUUAUAAAGUGAAGGACUCUGUUAAAGAAACUGUUGAGAAACAGGUUUGUGUGACUUGCCUAAUUUCUUUUUAUUAGUAAAGAAGUUAUAGAUAAUUCCCAAACAUUCAUCUGCAUUAGUUUGUUGGAAAAAAAGUACUGUUGAUCAACAUGUUACUGUGUUAGUCUACAAUGCCGACACUUGCACAGCAAAUUAAUAUAUGGGUAAGCAUAGAUAUGGAAGUUGAAUACAAGAAGAGAAAUCCCAUAUCUACAAGCAACCAUGUAUAAUUUUGUUUUUGUUAUAUAAACGCCGUAGGCCUUGGAUCGAGAAUGGUGAACACUUUGCCAUUCAUUCGUGAACCUGACAGAGUGGCAUGAAAGGCUGAGUGACGAGUCAGGAACUGAUUGACAAUAUCAAACAGACAAGAAAAUUUAUGGUGUGCAGUAACGGCUUUUCUCAGGGCUGGAAAUCCCUAUUAAAUAUUGCAGUUGGUAUGAUAAAUAUAUUAUGACAGUUAUUUAAAGUCCAUCAGAAGAUAACUUCCAAAUUUUAUUUGUUUGCAGUCAAUAAUUGGAGAUUUCAAGAAGCAACAAGAUGAAUUUGUGAAGGAAAAGAAUUGUAAGAGAAGAGGUAAAGACUGGGGAAAACUAUAAAUUUAAAUACUAAGUAGAAGCCUGCAGGGUAUUGUAAAGAAAUAGAUUAUAAUUAUUAAAUAGCUCCAUGUUGAUUGAACUUAACUUCAAGAGCAAAGCAAGUGAGUGAGAGAUAUUAAUUAUCAACACAAGAUGAUAAAUUUGUUAUCUACAGGCAGAAAAGUACAUUGUGUAUCAUUAUGAAUAAGUGAUUUGCAGAAAGAACAUUAAGAAGUACAACAACAAUAGUUACUAGAAUAAAUGUCUUGAUGCCUCUAAAAAAACACUUUGUUUCAACUGAUAAUUCUAGAGACUGCAGUUCCUCCAUGGGUAGGCUACAAUGAAGAGGAAACCAUGAAAAAUCAAAUCUUAGCCCUUUCAACAGUGAGUCACUAGCAAUGCAUAUUUAACGAUGCUUUCCUGUUUCAUUGUUCUAUAUUUGAUAAAUUAACUUUGUUACAUUGUAUGUAUUAAACAUUUUACUUACUAGUUUUUGCAUAAAAUGAUCAAUAAGAUUAAGUAAGAUAAGCUGCUCAGGGAAUUAGGUAGAAUGUGUUAGUGGUGGUGUUAUUUUGAAUCACUAUUUUCACUUUCAAGGAUGAAAGAAACUUUUUGCGAGAUCCUCCAUCUGGUGUUCCAUUCCACUUUGAAAGUGACUCGAUGUAUCCUGUUGCUUUGGCAACUUUGCAAGAGGACAAAAAUCUUAGUAAAAUGAGAUUUCAACUUGUACCUAAAAAGUGAGUAUGUGCACACUUCACUACCUUUGUCUUGAAAAUACAAUCACCACCCUGAUAUGACAAAAUUUUGUUUCCUUAUUUUACAAUCUCAUUGUUUAUUUUACAACCAAAAUGUCAUGGUCAAACUGUCCUCUUUUGAGGUUCUCAUUCUUGACUCAAAUAAUUGUGUGCAUACAUGUAUACACUCUUGGUUUAAAUCAAAAUCAGUCCAAAAUAAUUUCAAAGUAGGCCAAGUUUGAUUUGUAUUUUUCUUUGCUCAAGAAUUAUCAAGGAAUGAUCAAUUAUCAAGAACAAAGGAAAAAACAAAUUACAAGUUCAAAAUCAUUUUAAUACGAAUUCACUUUCACUUACAUGUACCCAUACAACAUGAGCACUUGAACAGUUGUACAAACACUGCAGGGCUGUUCUCUGGGAGCCCAGUACUCUGAAAUUGUGAAAUCAAGGGUACCCAGCAUAUGCUUUUUAUCAAAAAACUAUGAUUCCUUAGUUGUCCAAGAAAAACAAGCUAGAGGCUACAGGGGCAGUCAGAGCAUAGCCCUGAACAACCCCAAUGUUACUUUUUUAAUUUUGUCUGAAAAAGUAAGGAAUCUUUUAGACCUUUUAGAAGGAAAUGUUUAACAUAAAGGUAACCUGAUUCAUAGUAGAUUCAUUAAAGAGAACUCUAAACAUACUUCAUAUAAUUUAAAUCUUUCUUUUCCCUUUUUUUAUACAGAAUUUCAGAGGAGAGAUUUUGGAGAAAUUACUUUUACAGAGUUUCACUUAUAAAGCAGUCAACACAGCUUACAUCAUUGGCUGCUGCCGGUAUAGUUACAAUGUCGAUAAUAAUAAUAAUAAUACUACUAACAAUAAUUUGUUAAAUAUGAACCUUCUUGCUUUUACAUGAUUCACUAUGUUGUGGUACUAAAUUUUUAAGAUGGAAAUAGUUUGCUACAAAUCCCUCUGUUCAUCUGACUGGUAAUAUUUCUGUGAAUGAAGUUGUCAUUUUUCUAAUUUUUCAGUAUCGUUUCUCUUGUGGCAGGUGGUGGGGGCUCUAAUGGCAGUGACAGGCAAAAUGCAACAUCAGAAACAAAGUCUGAUACUGGUUAGUUUUGAUAAUGAUUUUUUUUUUUUCAAGUAUUAGGUUUGUAUCUGCACUUACUGGGGAACUCAGAACUUUAAAAUUGGUGAAAAGCUUUGAUGGCAAUUAAUAACUAAAUCCGAACUAAACUGUAUUUUAAACUGUGGCCUCUUUUGGAGCCCUUGAGUUUUGAUCAAUUUGAAACACUGUUAUCUUAUAUACGUCUACACAAAUGUAAGCUUAGCUUGUAGACUGCUUUCAUCUUUAAGUUGGUAAAUUGUUUUUCAGCAUAUAUAGGCUAAUCCUGUAAUCAUUAAUAUCCUCUCGAACAGUUAUUGUCUCAUAAACUUUGCAGAAUCAAGUCAAAGUGGUGCUGUCAAUGUGCCCAGAAAGAAUGUAGAAAAACCUGUAAGUCUUGUAUUCCACAACUUUCCCUUUGAUUGUUCACUUGUGUUGACUUUUACUUGAAAAAUUGAAGCUUCUGCAUCUCUAUGGUGUGAGUGAUGCAGUUAUUUUUUAAAACAGAAUACCCCAGAAGAAGACUUCUCUGAGCCAAUUUCAGAUGAGCACUCUGUACAAAAUGAAUUCAUCAGUGAUUCCUUUGCACAAACAGAACAAGGUACUUCAUAGAAUUCUCAUUUCUCUAUGAUUAAGCAUUCUCUUUUGUCCCUUGUCUCUCUCUCUAAAAUCAUUUGUUAAUUGAUAGUAAUAAAUUUCUGUUGGCCUGGUGCAUGUUAUAAGAAUUGGUGUUUUCUACAUGUAGAACUCAGUCACGAUGACUUGCGGCAAAUUGGAAUGGAAAAGAAACCAGAAGGAGAUCAAAACAAUCAAUCAAAUCCAACAGAAGGAACAAAACCAGCGACCCCUGGUAAGUUGCCUACUUUUUUUUAUUUAUAGGAUGUAUACUGUGGUUCAAAGUAAUGUAAAUUUUGUCAAGAAUGAAAAGUUUAUUGAGUCUGUCAUGUUUUUCUCAGAAACUCAAGAGGAUAUUCCAGAAUGGGAAAAGGAGCUUCAAGCAGAGUUACAGGUGAAAACCUUUUUAAGUGAAACCAGUAGUUUAUGUCAGUAAAGAGGUUGAGACUAUAAUUUCUAAUAUGCAACCUUCCUUCCCAAACAAUUUUUUUGGGUUCAUUUGUAAGAGUACAUGUAUGCUGCAGUGGGCAACCAUAUUGCUUUGUAAACUACUGUCAAGUUUAGGGUUAGUGUUUUUGUUAUCCUUAGUUGCUGUGGAUGAUUUCUUACUGCAUUAUGUUGUAAAGUUUUCCUGUCUCUCAAUUUUUUAGACUACAAGUGGUCUCUCCUUUUUGGUAAAGUCUGUCAGCCUUAGGCAAGCAAAAACCAAAAGAAGUGAAAAAAUUGAUGUUAGUGCACUGCACAGAACUCUGGAAGUAAAGUGCGCAAAACAUAGGACCCCCACUUUUAAUACGCCACCUAAUUUUUCAUUGUCAAGAAACUAUAUGACACACAUUGAUUGACAGUUGUGGCUUUUAAAACCUACCAGUAUCUCUUUAUUGUUUUAUAUCUUAUUUUUUUCUGUUUUUGUUUUGUUUUUAUUGUUGUUAUUUGUAGGAUUUUGAAGUUGUUGACAAUGAGGAUAGUGCUGAGUGGGAAAAAGAAAUUGAAGACAUGCUGGAGGAAGAAAAUGUAUGAAUCAAGGCACUUGUCAACUGAUCCCUUACUUUCGGAAAACUUGCUUUAAUGUAUUCACUAAAUAUAUGAAGCAAAAUAAUUUAAACAUUUCAGACAGGUUUAGAGGGGAAUGUGCUGAGUUCUAUAGACUCAAUAUGUAUUGCUUAUGUUAUGGCAUGAUCAUGCAGCCUUGUUAUCAGGUGAGGUUUUUCCAUUAAGUUCAAUUUAUGUCUGUAACUUAUGCUUUUGUGUGAUGUAGAAAUGCAGCUGUAUGUGAUGAUAAAUUGCAGUGAGUGAGAAGAUAAUUUUACAUCAAUGCUGAUUAAAUUGUGGGAUAUUUUAAAAGUGAGUCAGAAAGUUUUGUGGAAGUUUUGAAAAAAAAAAAUAUGUAUUGCAUAAUUUUGUGGUAAAGGGGCAGGGGAGCUUGUAUUGGUCAAACUAUUAAGUGGUGAAUUGUGCAAAAAUCAGCAGUAUUUUGGUGUAUCACAGAUUUUGUUUAUUUCUUUUGUUAUUAGUUAGAUACCUAGUGUCAAACUUGUACUUUUGGCUGCCAAGCACAUUGCACAAAAUUCUGUAUAACUAGCAGAAACUCAAGGCAGCAGAGUCUCGCAAAUGAAAAGCAGAGCUCUUUGCAAUUCCUCUCACACCUUUAGCAUAAGCCUUUGUGUAGUUCGUCCAAUCAAAACACUCAAAAAGAGGUCAGCUGCUAAGAUUAAAAACACUCAGCCUCUAAAACUAAAAACAAUCAGUGUAAAGAUCUGUAAGGUAACAUAUUCUAUAUUGUGAUAUUCAUCUCUAAUUUUGAAGUUGAAUAAAAAGGUCACUGGUUUCUUUGACAGUACUGGUUUUUCUUGCUUUCUUAAAUAGCUAAGGAUUGGGAUAUGCAAUGUUAAGAAAUAUCACUG